AUGGAGAGGGAAUCGUGGAACGGGCCCAAAGAGCCGACGGACAUCUUCAAGUCCCAGCACAUCAGUGAGAUCGUCAGCCGGUGUGAGGAGCUGGGUCUGGAGCUGGGCCUGGAGUCCGUCUGGGACGGCGUGGACAUGCUGGUUUUCACUGCAGGCCUGCUGGCCAACGCCGCGCUGCUCGGCCUGUUUCUGAGAGAAGGAAAUCCUCUUUCAGCUUCAAAAGUCUUCGGUCUGAACCUGGUCUUGAUGGAUUUCCUCUUCUUGUCCAUGAUGCCCUUCAGCUUGAUUUUCAAGAAGAUUCAGAGCAUCGGGCGCAAUCAUACAGACUAUCCUACCAGUCCGGUGGAAAAAGCCCGGAACACGUUUGACGUCUUCAACAUGAUCGGCUGCCCGCUGCUGCUGGCCUGCAUGUGCGUGGAGCGCUCCCUGGCCGUGAUGAGGCCCGUCCUGUACCUGAGGGCCAGGAAGUGGGAGUACAAGGUGGCGGCGUGCGCCGUGGUGUGGGCCGUAACCUUCUCCUUUUGCAUCGCCACAGGCGUGCUGGAAGACGCGGCGAGCGUCGUGGUCUCGGUCUCCGUGAUCGUCUCCUGCCUCUUCGUGGUCAUGCUGGCCUGCCUCGGCGGGAUCGUCUGGUCGCUGUGGCGCCAGAGCCCCGCCCACUCCGACUCCCCGCUGAAGAGGAGGGCGGUGGGAAACGUGCUGGCCGUGGCGGUGCCUGCGGUGCUGUCCUACCUGCCCGUGCUGGUCAUGCUGCCCGCAGUCCUUUAUAUCUUCUACUGGACCAAAGUGGUGAACCGGUCCAUGUGCGAAGUGUUUGAAGUGUCCCUGUUCUUCCCGAAGUUCGGCGUUCUCAUCGCUCCAGUGUUCUACCUCUCCAAGGCCAGGCAGAUGUGCUGCAGCUGCAGCAGGGAGAAGUAA